CACAAAGAGAGAGAGAGAGACCUCACAACUCAAAAGCAAGCAAAAUCUAAGAAAAUCGGGGCCUUGUUGGCUUGUCUUUGCUUUUGUUCUCUUUGUCUUCCUUCUUCUUCUUCAUGUUUAACAUGAUUGGAGAAAGAGAAAGAAAGGCAGAAGAUCGAGAGCUUGCAAAUGGAGGAGCGGCAGCAGCAGCAGUAGCAGAGGCAGAAGCAGAAGCAGAAGCAAUCGAGGAUAUAUGCAGCUUAUGUGGGGAUGUUGGCUUUAGAGACGCCUUGGUCCUUUGCAGGAAAUGCGGGUUUCGCCUUCAGCACACGUACUGUAGCAGGUUGUAUCCGGAGAUUGACACCGAAAAGUGGAGUUGCGAGUGGUGCCUCCACGAAGAGGAGAAGAGGAAAGAGAGUAAACGGAGGAGGAGCAAGGUGUUCGAGUUCCUGCUCGAGAUCGCUCAAUCUCUUCCCGAAAGAGACAACAACCCUUCACCAACAUCUCCUUCCCGCAACGACGACAAGCGGAUUUGCCGGCAAGACGACCGAUUCGCGGCUUCCGGUGAGAAGCGUUUUCACGUGGCGUCGACGGAGACCACCAGAGAGAAAGAGAAAGACAAGGAAAGGGAGGAGAAGGAGAAACCCUCGUCUCUGAAGAAGAAUAGUACUGUCGCUGCCGCUCGGUGCUCGGAGAAGAACAAGGCCUUGGAUCGCUGGAGGAAUCUGGCCAAAACCAAACUGGGUUGCCGCCGUUACAAACUUCUCGCCGACGUGCAUUGCUGAAAUUAAGAAAAUAGAUAUGUAAUUUUAUGUUAUUAUUAUAUGAAUUAUGAAGUGAAAUCGGUCGGGAAUCUGACAUGGAGUCGCCGUGAAGGCGAAAGUAAAGACACGAACUUGUUUAUUUAGCUCUGAGGUAUCUUGUAUAUGAAAAUGGUCGCUUUGUUCUC